CUGAAUCUCUCUUUGCCGCAAUUUCAUUUCACAUUUAGAAUUAUUGGACCUAUAUCUCCCUCUCCCUCCCCAUAUAUACGUACGGUACGUGGUUGCCUCUAGCUCCUUGGCUUUCUGGAUUUGGAUAUUAAUGGAGGAGGAGUAUUUGUGCAUGUUGCCCGACGACUGUGUCUCUGCAAUUCUCUCUUGGACCACUCCUCUCGAUGCAUGCACCUCGUCCCUCGUUUCUUCGUCGCUGCGCUCCGUUGCCGAUUCGGACGCCGUCUGGGACAAAUUCUUGCCCUCUGAUUACCCGCAGAUCGUAUCCGCAUCAUCACUCACUACUCCCACGAUCAACUUCUCUUCAAAAAAACAGCUCUAUGCUCGCCUCUGCAGCCCCCUUCUCCUUCAUGGCGGUACCAAGAGUUUCGUACUAGAGAAAGAAUCGGGAAAGAAAUCGUACAUACUGUCGGCAAGAGAGCUAUCCAUUACAUGGAGUAAUGAACCAAUGUACUGGGUCUGGUCAUCCACGCCUAAGUCAAGGUUUAGCGAGGUGGCUGUUCUUAGGGCCACGAGUUGGCUAGAAAUCAAAGCAAAGAUGAGAAGUGGAAUGCUAAGUCCAAACACCAAAUAUGGAGCCUAUCUCAUCAUGGAAAUCACAGAAAGAGCUUAUGGCCUUGACUCAAUGCCCUGUGAGACUUCAGUUGAAGUGGUUGGGAAUCAUCGUCAUCAUGUAUCUGCGACCACAGCCUACUUACAGUGUCCUCACAGUAACAAACAGCAGACAGAACGCCCAUUUUACACGAACCGCAGCAUGCAGAAGAAGAUGAAGAUUAACAACGGUUGCGAUGAGCAUCGACUUCCCUGUAAAAGAAAAGAUGGGUGGACGGAGAUUGAGCUUGGAGAGUUCUUCAGUGGCCAAACGACUAUGGACGGUGAUGAUGAUGAGGCAAUCACCAUGACUUUGAAGGAGGUCAAAGGUUACCAACUCAAAGCAGGUCUUAUAAUUGAAGGCAUUGAACUCAGGCCAAACACUAAACAGUAAAUACUAAACAUUAAAUAAGUUAAUAGAAUAAUUAAUUAUUCGAGAGUCCAUUAAUUUAUAUAUUAUGUCCACAUCCCAGAUGCAAAUUAAUGUUGCUCCUUGUUUUUUGAUUCAGUCAAUCAUUCUUUCUUUCAUUAUUUGUUUCUCUUCAAUUAUUUGGUCUCCACAAUCAUGUAUGUAUGAUACACGCACCAACUAGGA